AUGUCUGCGAGUCUUUCCAUCACACAGCCAAACAGCAGCCAAGGCACCGAGUCAACUGCUACUUUAUAUUAUCCAAGUCAAGACUCCGAUGCCAACGAUGAAGUAACACAAACAAGUGCAAGUGUUGAAUUCCAGACCGAUGAGGUUAUUUUUAUGUCCAAAGAAGAUUAUGAAGUAUUUGUUUACAAGGCGACCAAAAACAUCGAUAUCAAAGGCGACCUGGAAAAAUGGUAAACAUUCUUCCUGAGUUGUGACCUGGACCCCCUGUAAUGGAUCCAAAUCGAUUCAAAGGUAUUUGUAUGGAAGUUGGAGCGACAAGUCUCUUCUCGACCAUCCAUGAUGCGAUGAGUUCAGAUCGGAUGUCAGAUGAGCGCCAAGAGCUAUAACGAAGCUAAGAGUCGAUCAUUGUUGUAAUAUAUACAAUGAUUUACUCACAGUCGCAACGAGCUGAUUGGUUCCAAGUAUCCUUGGCAAGAACACUCCAGCAAUGAGGAAUCAGCCAGCAAGGAUUGGCGUCACUGGGUAGUAGCUAGGUAUUUUGACCCUGAAGCAGAGAAGCAAAGAGUUGCAAUUCAUGACUACCAACAAACUGAAAUUAGAGAGAUGCGAUGUAUGGACUAUUGUACAAUACUAAGCUUGUGGACAGUCUAAAAUUGCCAUUAAAAUCAUACAGUGAUCUACUCAUUGCCUUCAAUCACAUGCUCGCUAACGGUUUGGAAGAUUAUCUCAACCACUCCAUAGCUCCCUUUCCUGGUGAUUGGCCCAUGCAAUUUUUCAUGCGUCAACUAGUGUACAACACUAUUUCAGUAUCCUUACCUGAUUCCUGCAAGAAUGUUGUUCCACUGAUUGGUCCACUGCAUAUUUCAGUAAACUCCGGAGUGUGUUUUGCUGAAUUUCUACAAAGAAACCAAAACCGUCUAUCCCUACUUCUUGAAGUCAUCUAUAUAUGAGGGUUGGACUCUUGUUCGAGAUACCAUCUUGUCAGCCUUCCCAAAGUGCAAGGACAUUGAAUUUCUUACCUUACUCAACCUUGUUGAUAAUUAUGUGCCACUUGUCCUCAGCAUCUACUCGGUAGUCUUCAAGUGUAGGAACUACGACCUCUACUGCCCAUCACUGUUUCGCUGUUGGUUAAUGACGAUGAUAUUUCACCGCAGGCACUAUGACAAAGCUCUAUUAAUUGUUCUAUCUAUAUUCAAAUAUUGGCAAGAAAACACUCACCCGAUGCAUGAAAUCAUCCAGCAAUUUUUGGUAGCCCUUGAUGAGUAUCCUGUAGAGAACUUUCAUUCUGUACUUCGAGCGAGGACAAGUGUGUCGGAUACAGCGGAACAAAUCCGAGAGAAGGCCACAGAAAUUGAUGCCUGUAAGAACGAAAUGCUUGAAUUUCAAUCGUCAUUUGUCCCCCGAAGAAAAUUCACUUUCAGCAGGAAGCGAAUCAACAACCUGAAAACAAGAGCUGCAGAAUUCCUGGUCAGCAAGUUUGAGACCAUCCAUUCCCACCCUGGUAGAGCAACCCAACAGCCAUGGCAGAGAAAAGACCGUAGCAAAUGGCUCUUACCAAAUCUGUUUGGCAAUCAAGUGGUUAUCAACAGAGUGCUCCCACUUGGAUUCUCCUCAGUGAAAAAGUCACCUAACCCAGAAAGGUAA